CUUCGCCGUAUUAUCCACUUCGAAGGAUUCCCAGGAAGCCAAACAAGGCAUCACUUUCAGUCUCCUGUGUAAGCAAAAACCAAACAAUGGCUCUCCAGUGGUUUACCCACCAUUAACGACGCCCUCUCCCCCCAUCCAUCAAGAAUCUCCAUCCACCCCGACGCAACCCCUCCGAAUCUCCUUCCCCUUCAAAUUAAUCCAUCCGUUUCUUCGAUUUCGAUUUCAUGAUCUUCCCCGCAGCAUCAUGCGUCCUCUGCUUCUCUUCGGCUCCUCGGUCUUCGUCGUCGUUUUGCUUCUCCUGUGCCGACCCUGUUUUCCCGCCAGAAUUCUCGCUGGCUCCGCAGCAAGUGUGAUUCAAUCUGACUCCCCUCCCGGCGAUCAUGACAAAGACGUUUCCCACAACGCCACGUGGCAGGACUUUGCCAGGUUCCUUGAUGCCGGGGUGGGCGCCCACAUGGCAGGCAUGUCCGAGCUCAAGAGGUACUUCACCCGCUUCGGCUACCUGUCCCUCUCCGACUCCGGCAACCUCACCGAUGUCUUUGAUAGGAGCCUCGAGUCCGCCCUUGUCAAGUACCAGACCAACCUCGGGCUGGCCGUCACCGGGAAGCUCGAUGCCGGGACUAUCACAGCCAUCAUGUCCCCGAGGUGCGGGGUGAGGGACGACAUCGAAGGGCAGGUGGUGCCCGGGCAUCAUGCGCUGCUCAAGGCGACCCGCCACUAUGCGUACUUCUACGGGCGGCCACGAUGGACCCGGGGGUCGCCCGCGACGCUGACUUAUGCGUUCUCCCCCAACCACAUGAUCAGAUAUAUCGGCCCGGGGGAGGUGAGGGCCGUGUUCCAGCGGGCGUUCUCGAGGUGGUCGGCGGUGAUCCCAGUGAGCUUCAAGGAGGUCGAGGAGUACGCGAAGGCGGACAUAAGGAUCGGGUUCUACGGUGGGGACCAUGGGGACGGGGAGCCGUUCGACGGGGUGCUUGGGGUGCUGGCACACGCAUUCUCUCCGGAAAACGGGCGGUUCCACCUGGACGCGGCGGAGAGGUGGAGCGUGGACUUCAAGGCGGAGAGGUCGAAGGCGGCUGUGGACCUGGAGUCUGUGGCGACGCACGAGAUAGGGCACGUGCUCGGGCUGGCGCACUCGUCGGUGAAGGAGGCGGUGAUGUACCCGAGCCUCAGCCCGAGGACGAGGAAGGUGGAGCUGAGGAUCGACGACGUCGAAGGGGUGCAGGCCCUUUACGGGUCUAACCCAAACUUCAAGCUCAGCUCCCUGUUCGAGUCCGAGAAUUCCUCCAAUCUUGGAGGACUUGGGCUUCGGGACAUCAGACAGUCCUCCAUGUGGGCCACCGCCUCCUCGGCGGCUGUCGUUUUGGUCAUCCUCCUCUGCGUUUAAGCGGGGAAGACGACAGGCCCAGUCCGACGUGGCGCCCUCUUCUUUUUUCUUUUUUCUUUUUUCAAUUAUUUUCCUUUCACUUUCUUCUUCUUUUUAAUCCCUAUUCUUUUUAGCAUUUCACAUUUUAGGGCUUCAAUUAGGUUUGCAAUUUGUACAUGUGCAGUAGGUCACACACACUUACACAGAGAAAAAUGAAAAUCGGAAAUUCUUUUUUUUUUCCCCUU